AUGCCCUAUCAUAGAAAUGGUACUCUAGACCCUUAAACUUAUCAAAGGCAUCACACUGAGAUAACAACAAGCAGCUUAAUACAGCACAACCAUAAUAACAGUAUAGGUGAAGGAAGCAUCAAUAAUUACAUUGGAACUGCAAUUAGUGGUAGCACUGGUUUAACUGCAGUUGAUCUAAUUGCUAAUUUGAAUAAUAAUAUCAAUAGGAACAAACAGCAAGUAAAAUCUAGUGAAAAGCAUUAGAGAAAUCAGAUAUUUUCAAGAGGGACUGGAGGAAGUAUAGUGAACUAUAGUCGACCACGCACUAAUAGUCCAUUUCCACAUAUGAGAGAACGACACUCUAGAAAAGGAUUUGUACCAGUAGAUGAUGGAUCAGAAGAUAUGAAUUAAAUGAACAUUAUAAGAGAUUAAAAUAGCACGAUUUAAAACGCUAAAAUUUAGUUAUUCCCCAUUCAUGAUGAACGAUAUAUUCUGGACAAUAACUCAGCUGACAACUUGUCCACUAACCUGCAAGAUUCUCUAAAUAAUAGUCUUGGAGGAUAUUAUAACUCAAAUGGCAAACACAUUAAUCAAAGUGCAAUUUUAGAUAAUAGCCCUUUUGUCAAUAACAAAAUGAGUUAGUUUGAUGCUAAUUUUCUCAAUGAUAACAUGAAUAAAAGCAUGUUCUACAGUUCAUAACCUAUUCAUAAUCUGGCUUAACUUAGGACUCAAGAUCAAUCAGAGAGAGAUAAAAUAAACAUUAACAAUCAGAGUUUUAUUCUUCAAUAGGACAGCAAUACUAUCAGUCCAGUUGGAAGUCAUUCUAAGAAGAUUUCAGGAGUAAAUAUAGAUAAUACUUAACCAACCAUCAUUCUAUCACCUCAUAACAUUAAAUUUGCUUAAAAAAUGAUGACGGAUGGAACGCAGAGUAGAAACGAGAAUGUUCAUCACAGUAAAAAUUUAUCAGGACAUGGAUAAAAUAUUUUGAUUGAGAAUUUGAAUUCGAGCUAGAAUAUUGCUUAGUAUAUUAGAAAUCAAAGAUUAGAGUCCAGAGAUAUUUACCAAGAAUCAAGGCAGAGUUUACUUUCUCCAUAAAAUGACUCAUAAGAUAAUGCUGCUAAUUAAUAAAUAGGUAAUCCAAUAAGCUCGGCUUCAUUAGGAAGAGUCUAAUACUAGCAGGAGUAACCUCACUAUAUACCAGGUAAUACACAAGGUUAUGCUUCGAGAAAUCUGAUUAUUAGUGAUAGGGCUUAAAGAAAACAGCUAGGAACUGCUGGAAUUUCAUCUAACUAUAACCCAGCUGGAGGACUUUACAGGUUUAUUGAAAACGAGAGUAAUUUAAAUUCGCAUAUUAUGUCUCAUGAUAACAGAUUGCCAAUGAAUCCUCCCAAUUUCUAGAUAUAUAAUAACAUCACUAACAUCUAUAAAACUGUCUAAUCUGAGUAAAAGAUAAUACAAGAAUUGUAGAAUAACAGUGAUAUCAUAUCAGGAAGUAGUUCUGCUGCAAAGUAACGCUUUAUUUUAGAACCUAUUAGAGAAAACGCAGCCUCUAAUUUGAUCUAAAAAAGUAGAAAUCAGUUUAUCCCUUAAAUGCAACAAAAACGUAAAAAUAAUUAAUCUAUGCAUUAGGGCUAGGAUCAAUAAUAACUAAUGCAGCAGUAGAUCUAUAACAUUCUCAACUCAAAUAAGAAUGAAAGUGGUUCUAUUAUGCAGAAUUUCAGAGUAGAGACGAAUAAGGCAAAACCUAAGAUUAUGAAGCUAUAGAAACUGAAAGAUAUAUUUACCACUCCCCAAAAAAGUCAAACUCAUUAGAAUAAAAGCGUUAUUAUGAAUCCAAUACAUGGCUGCCUUGGAGUUAAUACCACUGUUAAUAACUCUAACAACCUAGAAGCUCAUAUUCAACACUAGUUAAUCAAGAAUAAGCAAAGAUCGCUCUCAUCAAAUAACGAGGAUAGUUACUUUUUUACCUUUCAUAAUCCAAAGACAAACUUGAGUGGCUAAGAUAUAAACAGAGAGGAUUAUUUAUAAGAGGAAGAUAUUAAUAAGUAGCAAUAAAUUACAAGUAGUUUCAACAAUAUUGUAGCUGGCAAUACAAGAUCUCUUGGUCAAGGGGUUAAAAAGGGAAUGGAUAAAUCUUAUUAGAACUCUUAAAUGCCUAUCAUUUAAGAUCAGUCUAGUACCAGUAUUGGAACUACAGCUGCUUCGCAGAAUUCUUUGGUAAAUAGAGCCUCUAAUACAAGCAAUAAGAAGAAGAAAACCAAAAUUCAUGACAAGAUCACUGUAAUGACAAGGAAUGGUGGGAUUCAGGGUAUUCAUAAUUUGAACACAACAAAUAACUAGUAAAGAUAGGAAUAGGGCUAGUUCCUAAGUAAAAUCGAAGAAAGAAUAAACAGCAAUAGCUUUCACUUGUAAGACAGAGUACUUAAAUAAUAAUAUUGA